CCAAACUCCUCACUAUCCCAAAAGAGCACACACUUCUCUUCAAGCUUUGAAGACACUCACGCAGACACAGAGCCAGAGCUAUGGCUUUGCUUCAUCAACCUCUAGCACCUCUACCUUGUCUGCAAAACCCACACCACCUCCCCAAACACAAACCCACAACUCUCUCUGUUUCCGGGCCUCUUUUCUCACUCUCUCUUUCCUUAUCUCACACCCACCACGCUCCCACCUCUUCAAUCAGGACCAAAAAGCUUGAAUCUUUCGUGCUCCAAUUCUCCUCCACAGCCCAGGAAGAAGCCAUUGGAGAAAACCCACUUCUUGUGGAGCCAGAAACUGAAGUGUUCUCUGACACAAGAUUGCUUGCCCAGAAUGUGCCUUGGACUUGUACCCCUGAAGACAUUAGGACCAUGUUCGAGAAGUACGGCACCGUCGUCGACGUUGAGCUUGCUAUGUAUAACAAGACCAGAAACAGGGGAUUGGCGUUUGUGACUAUGGCUUCACCAGAGGAGGCUCGUGUGGCUCUCAAUGGUCUCGAAUCGACUGAAAUGGACGGUCGUAUAAUAAGGAUGGCUUAUGCCAAGCCAAAAAAGAAGAAGAUUCCCCCUCCUAUGCCAUCUAAGGACAUAACAUUUAAUUUGUAUGUGGAAAAUUUGUCAUACGAAGUAAGGGCUAAAGAUCUCAGGGAGUUUUUUACUUCAGAGGGUACUGAUAUUGUUAACGCAGAGGUGGUAUUCGAAGGUAAUCCUAGAAGGUCCGCUGGAUAUGCAUUUGUGAGCUUCAAGUCCAAGAAAGAGGCUGAGGCUGCCCUUGCUACUUUCCACGGGAAGUUGUUUAUGGGAAGAAAAAUUCGUGUGGCACGUAGUAAACAAUUUGUUAAAGUACCAACAGUUAAAGAACCAGCAGUAGAGAGUUCAGAGUCAGGUGAUAAUGCUACUGAACUGAGUUCUACUUCGGAGCAAGUGAUAGCAGAUGACAGUGAUAAGAAGUGAACUUUGGGGGAAUGGAGCAUCUGCAUUUUCUUCACAUCGUGUUUUUUAAGGGGGCUUCCAUUACUUUGGUGCUUAUGCAAGGUUGCUUGUGAACCAGGGUGAUAUUGCUUGUCAUGUAGGAAUGAUGACCUUUAAGUGGUAACCACAAUUUUGAUAAAUUGAGCUGCAUAUACUGGAAAGGCAGAAUAGCACUUUGAGGGAUGAAGAAAAGAGAAAACAAAGUUACCAGAGGAUAUUUGUAAUAUAAGUAUCAAACAUUAUUUCAAACGAAAUGAUGAUAUCUCAUGUCAUCAUAUGUAUCUUUUCAGUUUCCACCUAACGAUUCGAGUGUUAGCUAGAAGUUUAUUUCUUAUGUAUUCAAUGUACCAGAGUCAAGUUUCUGCA